AUGGAUGGGGAAGAAGUUUGGGAUGGAGAAGAAGUUUGGAAUGGAGAAGAAUCUACUAAGUAUGGAGAAGAAAUUAAGGAAGAAGAAAAUGAAGUUAAGGAAGCAGAAGAAGUUAAGGAGGAUGGAGAAGAAGUUAGGGAAGGAGAAAAAGUGAAGAUUCAAGAACAAGUUAGGGAAGGAGAAGAAGUUAAGGAUGGAGAACAAGUUAGGGAAGGAGAAGAAGAAGUUAAGGAUGGAGAAGUAGUUUGGGAUGGGGAAGAAGUGAAGGAAGGAGAAGAAGUUAAGGAAGAAGAAGAAGAAGAAGUUUUGGAUGGAGAAGAAGUUAAGGGUAAAGAAGAAAGCAUGGAUGGGGAAGAAGUUUGGGAUGGAGAAGAAGUUAAGGAUGGAGAAGAAUUUUGGGAUGGAGGAGAAGUUUGGAAUGGAGGAGAAGAACCGAAGUAUGGAGAAGAAAAUGAAGUUAAGGAAGCAGAAGAAGUUAAGGAGGAUGGAGAAGAAGUUAGGGAAGGAGAAAAAGUGAAGAUUGAAGAACAAGUUAGGGAAGGAGAAGAAGUUAAGGAUGGAGAACAAGUUAGGGAAGGAGAAGAAGAAGUUAAGGAUGGAGAAGUAGUUUGGAAUGGGGAAGAAGUGAAGGAAGGAGAAGAAGUUAAGGAAGAAGAAGAAGAAGAAGUUUUGGAUGGACAAGAAGUUAAGGGUAAAGAAGAAAGCAUGGAUGGGGAAGAAGUUUGGGAUGGAGAAGAAGUUAAGGAUGGAGGAGAAGAAGGUGACGAAGUCAAGGAAGAAGAAGUUUUGGAUGGAGAAGAAGUUAAGGAUAAAGAAGAAAGUAUGGAUGGGGAAGAAGUUUGGGAAGGAGAAGAAGUUUGGAAUGGAGAAGAAUCUACUAAGUAUGGAGAAGAAAUUAAGGAAGAAGAAAAUGAAGUUAAGGAAGCAGAAGAAGUUGAAGAGGAUGGAGAAGAAGUUAGGGAAGGAGAAAAAGUGAAGAAUGAAGAACAAGUUAGGGAAGGAGGAGAUGUUAAGGAUGGAGAACAAGAUAGGGAAGGAGAAGAAGAAGCUAAGGAUGGAGAACAAGUUAAGGAUGGAGAACAAGUUAAGAAGGAGAAGAAGUUAAGGAAGAAGAAGAACAAGAAGUUUUGGAUGGAGAAGAAGUUAAGGGUAAAGAAGAAAGCAUGGAUGGGGAAGAAGUUUGGGAUGAAGAAGAAGUUAAGGAUGGAGAAGAAGUUUGGGAUGGAGGAGAAGUUUGGAAUGGAGGAGAAGAACCGAAGUAUGGAGCAGAAGUUAAGGAAGAAGAAGUUUAGGAAGGAGACGAAGUCAAGGAAGAAGAAGUUUUGGAUGGAGAAGAAGUUAAGGAUAGAGAAGAAAGUAUGGAUGGGGAAGAAGUUUGGGAUGGAGAAGAAGUUUGGAAUGAAUGAAGUUAAGGAAGUAGAAGAAGUUAAGGAGGAUGGAGAAGAAGUUAGGGAAGGAGAAAAAGUGAAGAUUGAAGAACAAGUUAGGGAAGGAGAACAAGUUAAGGAUGGAGAACAAGUUAGGGAAGGAGAAGAAGAAGUUAAGGAUGGAGAAGUAGUUUGGGAUGGGGAAGAAGUGAAGGAAGGAGAAGAAGUUAAGGAUGAAGAAGAAGAAGAAGUUUUGGAUGGAGAAGAAGUUAAGGGUAAAGAAGAAAGCAUGGAUGGGGAAGAAGUUUGGGAUGGAGGAGAAGUUUGGAAUGGAGGAGAAGAACCGAAGUAUGGAGAAGAAGUUAACUUAGGCGGGAGACGAAUUAAGGAAGCAGAAGAAUUUAAAGAGGAUGGAGAAGAAGUUAGGGAAGGACAAAAAGGGAAGAAUGAAGAACAAGUUAGGGAAGGAGAAGAAGUUAAGGAUGGAGAACAAGUUUGGGAAGGAGAAGAAGAAGUUAAGGAUGGAGAAGUAGUUUGGGAUGGGGAAGAAGUGAAGGAAGGUGAAGAAGUUAAGGAAGAAGAAGAAGAAGAAGUUUUGGUUGGAGAAGAAGUUAAGGGUAAAGAAGAAAGCAUGGAUGGGGAAGAAAUUUGGGAUGCAGAAGAAGUUAAGGAUGGAGAAGAAGUUUAG